AUGGAGGAAGGGGAAAAGAGCCCCCUGCUGGUCCAGGACCCCGGGUGCCAGGAGGGGCCGCUCACUUCAAGCCGUCCAGGUCCGGUGCCCCAAGAGGAGCGGGUCUGGAGGGCAGGCCCCGGGGGAGGCCCGGCCUCCUCCCUCCCCUUGGGAAUCAGCUGCCUGAAGUGCCUGACCUUCCUGCUCAACUUCCUCUUCUCUCUGCUUGGUCUGCUGGCCCUGGCCAUCGGGCUCUGGGGCUUGGCCGUCAAGGGGUCUCUGGGGAGCGUCUGGGGGGCGGCCCUGCCCAAAGACCCCAUUCUGGGACUGGUACUGGGGGGGCUGGCCGUCAGUGCGGUGAGCCUGGCGGGCUGCCUGGGGGCCCUGUGUGAGAGCGCUUGUCUGCUCCGCUGCUUCUCGGGGGGUCUCGUCGCCUUCCUGCUGCUGGAGGCCGUGGUGGGUGCCCUGCUGGUGGCCCUCUGGGGCCCGCUGCAGGAUGGCCUGGAGCACACCCUGCGUGCGGCCAUCACCCACUAUCAGGAUGACCCGGGCCUGCGCUUCCUUAUUGACCAAAUCCAGCUUGGACUGCAGUGCUGCGGGGCGUCUUCCUACCGGGACUGGACGCGGAACCUGUACUUUAACUGCAGCUCCCCGGGGGUCCAGGCCUGCAGCCUUCCUGCCUCCUGCUGCGUCCACCCCGGGGAAGACGGAGUCUCUGUCAACGACCAGUGUGGCUCUGGAGCCCUGCGCCUGGACGAGGAUGCCGCUCGGAGAGUGGUGCACCUGGAGGGCUGUGGCCCUCCUCUCCGGCGGUGGCUGCGCAGGAACGUGCGGGCCGCGGGUGCCUACGCGAUCGUGGUCGUGGCGGUCCAAGGGGUGGAGCUCCUGUUGGCCAACCAGCUGGUGAGGGCCCUGGCCGUCCGCCCGGGGGAGGUGGACAGCCCCAGAGCCGCGGGGACGGUGGCCUUGUCCACCCGCGCCUCACACUCCGUGAAACGGCCCCUGCCAAACUGGCCCAGGGCUGACAGCCCAGGAGGACCCCCAGGGAAGGUGUCCUACGGCAUCCCAGACGCCCUGGCCUCCUGCACCGGCUGUGCCUCCGGCCCCCCAGGGGCCCCCUUCCCCUGAGGGCAGAGCACGUCCGCCUCCUUCCCGGUUCCGUCAGGCCCUGCUAGCAUGAGUCCCUGUGCCACCCCCUGAUUUCACGAUCUUUUGGGGACUUUUGUUCCCCACCACUGAGUCGGGCACUGCCUACUCCCUGGCAAACCCCGUGUGACCUGAGCGUAAGCUGAGCCUGGUGGGUGCUGCUGGCCGCUGUCUGCCUCCUCCGGGGACACCAGGCAGAGCCACCCGGCGGGCAGGGAGCGUGUGGGGUAUGGAGACCGGAUGAAAUCCUGCUGCCAAGCCCCCAACUCCAACCUCCCCCUCCGACCGCCUCUGAUGCCUGCGUCCAAACCCUGCCUCUGACCUCCACUCUGACCCCGCCUCUGACGCUUUGCCUAGGAUGUCACCUAUGACCCCCAGUCUUGAUCCCAGCCCUGAUGCCUCACUCUCUCACCACGGCCUGGGUACCUGCCCUCCUCUGGGGUCACCUCGCCCUUUCCCACCCGUUGUGGUGGUUGAGGUGGGGCCCAGGCGGGAGUAAACUUGGGCGAGAGGCAGCAUCCGCACAAUAAACAGCGCCGGUGUUAA